AUGGGCCUGGAUGAGGCUCCGAUGGCGCACCGGCACCACAUCGAGGGCCUCGACCGGACGCUGCGCGACCUGACGGGGUCCGAGCAGCUGUUCGGCGGCAAGGUGGUGGUGCUGGGCGGCGACUUCCGGCAGGUUCUGCCUGUCGUCCGGCACGCCAACCAGGCAGGCAUCGUGGACGCCAGUCUCCGUCGCUCGCCGCUGUGGCGCCACUUCAGAGUACACCGGCUGCGGGAAAACAUGCGCGCCAGGCUGGCGCAGGAGGAGAACCAACAGGCCGAGCUGGAGGAGUUCUCCACCUGGCUGCUGCAGCUCGGCAACGGCGAGCUGCCCACAGACGCCGAGGGACGGGUCACCCUGCCGCCGGCGCUGGUGCUGGAAGCCGAGUUGCCGGCCGUCAUCGACUGGACCUUCGGCAACCUGACCGACGCCGACAGCAUGGCGUCCCGCGCCGUGCUGGCGCCCACUAACAGCACCGUCGACUCGGUGAACAGUUAUGUCACCGACAUCUUCCCGGGCCAGGCCGUGGAGUGCCUCAGCGCAGACGACACCGUCGGGGAGGAGCAGGAGCCGGUACCCCAGGAGUACCUCAACGGGCUGUGUGUGCCGGGCCUCCCGCCUCAUCACCUGCUUUUGAAGCCCGGCAUGCCGGUCAUCCUGCUCCGAAACAUCGACCCGGCCAGGGGACUGUGUAACGGCACCCGGCUCCUGGUGGUGGCCGUCCACGGCGGCCGGCUCCUGGAGGCGACCGUGGCCUGCGGCAGCGCGGCCGGCCGCCGGGUUCUCAUCCCCCGCCUGACGCUGCAGUCGCCGGACGACGCCUUCCCGUUCGAGUGGUGGCGGCGCCAGUUCCCGGUGCGGCCCGCCUUUGCGCUCACAAUCAACAAAGCGCAAGGUCAGACGCUCCGGCGAGUGGCCGUCCUUCUGCGAGAGCCCGUGUUCGGCCACGGACAGCUCUAUGUUGCCGCAAUUAGCAAAUCCAGCUGGAUUUGCUAA